AUGGAAACGCGAUUGGAAACGAAUUCCCCACUGACGCGGCUUUUCCUCCACGCCCACUUCGCGCCGUCACGAUCUGGGCGAAUAGAAUGUGGCGAGCGGGACGUAGCCCCGCCUCUAGCCGCUAACUCCCGCCUCCUUCCUGGAUGGAGCUGUUGCAGAACUACGGUUCCCAGCGUGCUGCGGGGCGCUAGGCAGGGAGGGCCAGAAGAGGCGCUGACGGGCGGGGGUGCGCUGGAGAGUGCCCCGGCUUGUUCGCUUAGUUCAGUGAAUCAGAACAAUGACUGCGCCUCCGGGUUCCCGGGAGCGCGUCGGAGGACUGUGAGCAGCCGCCGCCGGGAGAGCGGCGGGCGGCGCAGCCUCGGCCGUGCGGUGUCAACGUUAGCCUCGGGAGCCUUCAGCGCAGACCCUGCCCAGAGACCGCAGCCCGCGCGGAGCCGCGGGGCUCCAGCGCUGCAGCCACUACUCGGGAGCUGUGCAUUGUUGUGA